AUGCGCUCCUGGGCUCAUGUCGCCUACCUGAAGGGCAUGAAGCCUAGCCCCCUGAGGCAGGAUAUCACCAUUGAAGCCGAGGAAUUCCUUCCCGUCCUUGAGAAGCUCACUCGGGAAGGCCAAGGCAGCUUGACGAACUUGGAGCCUAGCUCUAAAAUUCAGUCAGCUUGUGCUGCAAACUUGAAGAAUCCCUCACCUUGCACUGACAGUGUUGUGGAUUUUCCUCCUCUCACUUCGACCAAGACUUCUUCUGGAUCCUACAAAAACACCGACAUCACUACCGCCAACGAAGAUAGCAGAGGCGACGACAGCGAGAACGACGACAGUGAAGACAUUAGCAGUGACGAUAGCGACAGCGACGACAGCGACAACAGCGAGAUGGCUCAUAAAAAGAACCCGAAGCGCGCGGCCAAGAAGAAGGUCCAGGCCAAGGCCAGAAAGGCGGCCCGCGAAGCCAUCGACACUCCCAUCGGCAGCGGCGGCCGCCCCGCGGCGUCCGUCGAACUGUUUGCCGAAAAGAAGAAGUUGACUCGGAAGGAGAAGGUCAAGCUGGACAAGGGCAAGGGCGUCGCCGUUUCUUUCGAGGACUCUGAGUCGGAGGACGAGGACUCUGCUGUGGCUAUCGAGGAGGAAGACAACGGAGCCGCUGCUGCUGCCGCCGCCGCCGAGGAUGAGAAGGAGGAAGUCGAGAAGGAGGAGGCUCUCGCCAAGGCGGUGCUCGCUGCGCGCGAGAGAGACCGCCGCCGCGAGCUCUUUGGUGCCAAGCACGGAUGGGAUGUCACCCUUGCCUUCAAGAAGGGUAGUAUGAACGCCUUGGCUCACCGCGAUAUUCUGGUUGCGGACUCGACCUGGUUUGCCGAGCACCUUCCCCCUGCUGACGCGAAUGGCAAGACGUUCCUGAAGAUGGACGAGUACGACGUCAAGCAGGUUGGCCCUAUCAUCGUCUUUCUCUAUAACGGAUUUCUGGUAGGCAUGAAGGUCGACCGAGGCCAGAAGAAGUGGGAUGCGCGCUUCGUUCUCUUCAACGCCAUGAACUACCGCACUUGCGUCAAGCUCGACAUCGCCAGCGGCUGCAAGUACUUCCUCGAAAACGUCAAGGAGGCCGUCGAGUACUACGGCCCCCUUCUCUCUGGCCGCUUCUACCACUACCAGUUUACGCAGCCGGGCCUGAUGGAGAGCUUCGAGAUGCCUAUUCGCAUGGCGAUGAUUUGCAUCUAUGAGGAGAAGAAGGCGAAGCCCGAGGAGAUCCGCAAGAUGAAGCUCUUGCUCGCGAAGCUGGUCGUGAUCGUCUUGCCCUUUUGGCGCCGCCAGCAUGCCUUCAAGGACCCGAUCACCCGGUUCUGGAGCGACCUCAACUUCCCCUGGCGCGAGGACAUGAAGCUUUGGUACUCCCAGGGUCUUCUCGACGAGUAUGCCCAAAUCUUCGAUCGCGACGGCAACUGGCUCGAGGAGGAGGACUUCUACACCGACGUCAAUCUGCCCCAGAUCCGUCAGCAGCAGCAGCAACAGCAGCUCGGUAUUCCUGGUCCCUCGACUGCUGCCCCGUCUUACUACAUCGCAUCCAUCGACGAGAUGGCGAAGAAGAUGAGAGACGCUCACAUCCCGAACUUUUGA